UUGGAGGAUUUCCCUCUGGGUAAACUUUGUUCACCAGAGAUGGAAAUGAUCGGAGAGAGUGGGGAGAUCGGAGAUGGAAAUGAUCUGUUAAGUGCACAUGUUUCAUUGAUAAAUAAAACUUAAAAGAUAGUAUGUGCUUUCAAUAUGUUUGCUGUGAAAUGUCUCAUGACUUCCAAAUGGUGCUGCGAUCUAAUUACUUUCUUACCUAUGAUGACAGGGGAGUUAUUCGUUUUUUCCCUAAAGGUGCUUCAUCAUGUACUGUGGAGCUAACAGUUUCGUAUGAAGUUCCUUCAUUGUUGAUUCCCGUGGCAUCAGCGUUGCGACCUUUUCUUGAAAGCUUACUGAUCCGUGGGUUAGAAGGGUUCACAAACUUUGCCAAGAACUACACAGCUGGUCCACCCAUUGAUGCCAAUGCUGUGGAAAAGUGACCAGUGAUUGAAUCUAUCCACUCAUAUGUUUGCCUGGCCUUGUUUUUUAAGGUUUAAACAAGCCAUUGAUUGUAGUAAAAGCAACAUAAGAGCUUUAAAUAGGUACUACUGAAGUACUACGGAGUAAUUCGGUGUAACUUUAUAUUUUAAAUGCCACCUACGGUCAUAGUACUUUUGCAGACACUCCCUGAGAUUAUUCCAUCGUUAAUCUCUCUUUAUACACAAGUGGAAAUGAUAAAAAUGCAUAGUUUACAAGAUACCCC